AUGCCAACCAACACCAUAACCCUAAUCAUCUCACCUUACCACGUCGGCCUGCGGGAUCACCGCGUAGGCAACGGCCCCCACCGCAUCCAAUCCCAGGGCUUAAUCCCCACCCUCAAAGAACAGGGUCUCCAAUUCCGCAUCCACGAAAUCCCCAGCGUGGACAACUUCGAAGGCGAGAUCGGCCGAAGCUUCGAGAUCCUCCGCCGGAUUUCAGUCGCUGUCACAGAAGCCGUGGACAACAACACCUUCCCGUUAAUUCUGGCGGGAAAUUGCAUGUCCAGCGCGGCGGUGGCUUGCGGCCUGAAGAUCCACGAUCUAUCGUUUAUUUACUUCGAUGCUCAUGAUGACCUGGACUCACCGGAUGUCAAUGAAAAUGGGUACUUUGAUGCCAUGGGUUUGUCCAUGCUACGGGGUGAAUCGUGGAAGACGUUAAUGGGGACCGUGCCGAAUUAUAAGCCGUUUAGUUACGAGGACCGGUUUCUUUACUGUGGGUUGCGGGAUCAGUCUGAUGUGCAGCGGCAGAGGGUUGUUGAGGCCGGGAUGAAGGCUGUUUGGGGGGAGACGGCGAGGAAGGUUGAUUUUGUGGGUGAGUUGAGGACGCAGAUGGAGGAGAGGUCGUAUGGGUCUGCUCUUGUGCAUCUGGAUCUGGAUGUCUUGGAUGAGUCUUAUGGGAAGGUUAAUGAUUAUCCGUCGCCGGGAGGUUUGACGGAGGAGGAUUUGGUGGCUUGUAUGGAUCUGGUGCCGAGGCUGUCUGAGCCUAGGUCUUUGACGGUGUGUUCGUUUGAUCCGGAUGUUGGGGAUGGGGAUACGAUUGCUAGGAUUGGGAUUCGGGCGAUCAGAGCUUUCGUGGGGGCUUUGUUAGAGACGGGGGUUCUGAUUAGGGGUUGA